GCGAAAUUAACAUCUGAUAUUACACCGUUUCCUCGAGAGGACACGGAUUUCCACUUAAGCGCACCGAAAACGGAUAAUCCUGUCGGUGUCUCGGACUGUUACGACGUUAGUUCGAAUGACCCCUCAGACGCCGACGGAAUGCAUAAGUUAAUCGCCUUUUGGGUGUUGUUUUUGACGAUAUGUGAUAUUAAUUCGAAGGAAAUUUCAAUAGAAAAAGAUUCAACUGCGCACGGCAAUGCUUUUAAUUAUAAAUACAUCCAACCGAUAGGACCGUACACAAGCGAUUUGUAUCCAGAAAAAACAAAACUCCACUACGAUUCCACCAAAGGAAUACAUUCACUAGAUAAUCCGCUGGUAAAUGCUUUCCUGCUCAGCUCCACCCUUAACCUAAAGCCACAUAGCUGGAUGGCGAAUCACCCGAGUCUACCUCCCGUCAAUCCAUUUCUGGCGUUACUUUUGUCCCAAUACGGCCGCUAUAUUCCCGGAUACGGUCCUGGAAGAGGCAUCUACGCCUAUCAAGCCGCAAACGAUUUCCACAACAACAAGCCCUUCGGUUCGUACAAAAUUUACGAAGACGAUGAAUAAAAUUAUCUAAAAUUUUCGUGUAAAUAAACCUAAUGUUUAUCCAGAUUCUUUAAUACCUGAAGUUAGAAUUUGACUGUAAAAUCA